AAAAGAUUUAAGGAGCAUUUACCAAAGUGCAAAGGUCUAAAUGAGGCUCCGCAAAGGCCAAAAGUGCCAGGAAAAGAUGAUAAUGAAAAGUAUUUUCAUCUAGAAAUGUUAACCGAAAAGUUAACUCCAGAAGAAAAAAUGAAAUUAACCAAUACAGAAAGAUUACAGAUGCAUAAGCCGUGUGGAUACUGCUAUAUAAUAGUUCGUAUGGACAGUUCACUUAAUUAUGAGGUAGUAAGUCAUGAUCUAUAUAGAGGGUCAGAUACCUUAGAAAAAUUCGUAGAAAGAAUCGAAGGAGAGCUUCUAAAUAUUCAAGAAGAUUUAUCUGCACCAGCCGAAAUUAUUAUGGCACCUGGAGAUCUUAAAGCAUAUAAUGAAUCAACUGAAUGUUGGAUUUGCAAAAAACCUUUUCUCAAGCCAUCAUCAGAAGCAUUGCAAAAAUUCGAAGAAGCUAAGCACAGAUUAUUAGAAGUCAUCUAA